AACACCUAAACAUUAUCCUCCAUUAUAUGGCUUGGUGUUGAUGUAUAAUUAAUUUGUUAUAUUAUAAGUUAUAUUUACAAGUCUUGAAUAGGCUUUUUUGUAAAGUGCAAAUAAUUUUUAAUAAGUGUUUAUUAGUGAUAUUAUUUUAGAGAGUUAAAUUUUCCACGAUAUGAGUGCUAUAUUUGAAAUUUAACCAAACAGCAGAAAAUGCCGGGAUUUUGAAAAAUAACAAUUUUGUAGUGUUUUUAUUUCUGUCGUACUUUGAUUAACUACUUAUUGAUGAAAAUUAUUGUUCAUAAGUAAACGUAAAUAAAACACUAUGUGACUUAAAAUAUUUGUGGACGAUAUAACUAUAUAUCCUUGUUAUAAUGAAUAAAGAAUAGUAAUUUUAUUAUUAUAUUUUAUAAUAACAAUGGAAGAAUUGAAUAGUAAUGUAAAUUUAGCUGCCGAGCAAGGCACAGAAAAUGUUUCAAUAGAAAGCAAUAUAGUGAUAGGCACAAGUAAGGAUAAUAAGGAAUUAAAUGUUUUACCUAGUCCAAUUCCCAGGAACGAUAGUAUUAACAAACCAACUGAACUUGCAGAUAAUGUAGAAAAUGAUAUAAAUACAGAGUUAUUAAAAAAACCCACACAAGACUUUAUCGAGGAUUUAAAUACUUCAAAUACUGUAGAAACUGAAAUGGAGAAAAUGCAUAGUGGUAUUACUGAAACUGCUGCUGAAAAAGGAACUGUUGUUGAACUACUUAAUGAAAACAAUAAGAUGGAUUGGAUCGAUGAUUUUAGUGAUAAUGUUGAUGAAAGUGCUAAUAAUGUUAAAAAUGUAGACGUACCAACUGCAGUUCAACCUGAAGAUAAAGAAUUAGAGAAAGAAAAUGAGAAAAUAAAUUUUCAUCAUAUUGGUGAUUUAGUCAACGAUACUAUAUCAGCAACUCAAGAAACUCCAAGUAGUAGCACUUCAGAGGAAAUAUAUAAAGAAACUGAAUUUACCAAAGAAUAUUCUUCAGAAAGUACUUGUGAGAGUGAUAAAGAUAAAACUAAUUCUGCAAAUGAAAACGUUACCCAAAACCCUUUAAUUGAAAUGAAUUCUGUUGAAACGGAUGAACCUAUAAAUCAGGAACACAAUAAAACAACUGAAGAAUAUAGUAUAACAAAGAAUCAGGUAGAAAAAAUAGAUAGUGAAAGUAGUACUUGUGUAGAGAAGAAGAAUGAUAAUGGCGGUAGUAAUACAGAAAAUCAGAAUGAGAAAAUAAAUGUUGCCGAUAAUCUAGACUAUAAUGCCUCUGAGAAAACUGUUAAUAAGGAAACCGAGAAGGAUAUGUUGGAGGAUCAAACAAAUGAUUCCAUGGUGUCCAAUCCUCCAUCAAUGACAUUAGAUCAGGAUAAAGACAAGGUUAAUUACAAUCAAAGAGAAAAUACGGAGUUUGUUCAAGUUAAUACCGAAAAUGAAAAAGAUGGAGAAGAUAAUGAGAAGGAAGAUGAAACAAAUAACAGAACACUAAUGGAACAUGACCCUAUAGCAUCAGAUUCUUUCGAACCUAUAAACAAUGAGGAUCGAGAAGGAGCCGAUGAAGAGUUAUGUAUUAUUCCUGAUACACAGCGUGAAAUAUCACAGGCUGAAAAAGAUGCUGCUUCUACAAUGCCACCCCUUCGUGAUCUAACAGAAGCCAGUGCUUCUGUACAGUCUGAUAAAGAUUCUGAAACAGCAACUUCCGAUCAUACUCUAAGUACACCUAUAAUUGUGUUUAAAUAUGAAAAAGAAGACUUGCAUAUAUGCAAUGAGUGUAAAUUGAAAAGAAAAGUAAAAUAUUACUAUUCAGGAAAGGACGCGACAAGAUAUCUUUGUGAUGACAAUUGCUUAAAUGUUUUUAAAGAUAGCCAAGAAGAUAAAGUAGUAUUUAACUGGGAAGAGGGUAGUUUGAGAGUAAAAAAUUUUUCUGGAACUACGAAAGAACCUCCCUCUCUUUCAUUCAUAAGAAAAUGUGCAGCUUGUAAAAAAAUUACUGAUGAUAUAGAAAACAAUUUGACAUGGGAAAUUAUGGAUUUCUGCAAUGAAGUUUGUCUUUCUAAAUAUCAAAAAGAAAUUGGUUCUCAUUGUUCAAGUUGUAACAUGGAGGUAAAAUCGAAUUCACUUGGAAAAUAUUGUGUCCGUUUCGGUAAUGAUAUAAGACAGUUUUGUACUAGCAUGUGUUUAGAGAAGUAUAAAAAAGGACUUAAAGUCUGUUCUUACUGUCAACAAGAUAUGUCUGGAGGGCCUGCUGGCUUUUUAGCACCAGUAGGAGACAAAGGUCAAUUUAAGGAUUUCUGUUCCCAACUUUGUAUGGAAAAAUAUGAUAUUAUGACUAACGACCGACCACCAAAAGUUGCCUCAGGUACAAUAUGUUCUGUUUGUAAAGCCGAAAACCCCAUUACGAUUGAAUUUGAAUUGAAUGGAUGCCCAAAUUAUUUUUGUAGCGAGCCUUGUUUUGUUGCAUUUAGCUUUGUAAAUAAUAUUUCUCCAGGGAAAUGUGCUAUGUGUCGGAGACAUUUCCCCAAGUCCAUCCUCGAAAAACAUACAAUGUAUUAUGAUAAUGUGCAACAUAGUUUUUGCUCUAACAGUUGUGAGAACAUUUAUAUUAUAGCUCAUCGAAAAAUUGUACCAUGCAGUUGGUGCAAAGUAAAGAAAUAUAAUUUUGAUAUGAUAAGAAGAUAUUCUAAAUCUGGUCCCAUGAUAAAUAUGUGCAGUGUGAACUGCCUUAGCCUUUACAGGGUAUCAAUAAAUGCAGUGAGUUCAAGAAAAACAGUUUGUAAUUUCUGUCAAAAACUAACACAUCCAAUGUAUCAUUUAACGAUGUCUGAUGCAACGAUAAGAAACUUUUGUUCUUACAAUUGCGUUAUGGGUUUCCAAAAUCAAUUUCCUAAACAGCCUAUUACUUUGAAUAAUCUAGGAGAAUCUGGUUUCCCAGUGCCCACAGGAGCACCUAAGAAAAAUAAGAAGCACCCUGGACCCGAUACUGUGCCUGCAACAAGUGACGCAUCUCCAUUACCAAUAAUUUCUAGUGUACAGAGUUUAGCAAAUAGCAAUGGGAACAUUGGGCAAUCAGUUGGAGUAACUCCCACACUUACUCCAAUAAAUACUCGUUCAACUAGAUCCAAAGCAACUGCGAAUUCUACUCAAGUGAUUAACUCGGCACCACAAAUAAUAAACUCUCUGGCCGACUUACCUGUUCAAGUACAAAUUAAACAACAUUUUAUUGUAAGGCCGGCACCUAUGCCAGAACAAAGGAACGUUAGUACAAUGUGUUACACCCGUAAAGCUCAUAAAAGUACUACAAUAAAACCGAUAAUGGUAGAUGAAGAGAUUCAAACUGAUCAAAGAGAAGCAUCGAAAAUUCUUAUACCUGUUCCUGUACCAAUAUAUGUUCCAACACCAAUGCGUAUGUUUAGUGUUCCUGUGCCGGUUCCCAUUCCGUUCCCUGUACCUGUGCCGGUUCCAAUAUUCAUUCCAACCACAAGAAAUUCUGCUGCAGGCAUCAUGAAGGAAAUAAAGAAAAUCCAAGUUAAAAUUCCGACAGAUCCAUAUGAAGCCGAAUUGUUAAUGAUGGCUGAGAUGGUAGCAGAAGAAAAAAAAGAGGAGGCGACGGAUUCUGAAAGUGAUGUGGAUGAAACUGGCGGACCUGAGGAUAGCUACAGUCCAGAACCAGUCGAUGCUAGCAAUACCUUCGGUGAUGAUAUGCUACAAAUGGCAUUAAAAAUGGCAACUGAAUUAGACGAACCAGCAGUUGACUUAGAAGGAGCUCUAACAGCCAAUACAAUAACAGCGCCACAAGGCGGAGAGACACAACCUUCAGAUGAAAAUGUGGACGAUCCUCAGCCCAUGCAUCAUAUGAUGGAAAGAACCUCAUCUGUUAAAGGUAGAAAGAGAGGAAUGAGACAGUCCAGAGGUGGUGCAAAAAGAGGUCGCAGAAUGUCUCACCACCAAGUCGAUAUACCUAUCCUGCAACACCAUCAAAUACAACAACCGCCUCCGCCGCCGGAACCCGCUGAAAAACCAGAUGCUAAUAUGUGUCUUAAAUAUACGUUUGGAGUGAAUGCAUGGAAGCAGUGGGUGACAACAAAGAAUGCAGAACUGGAAAAAUCAUCGAGAUGUGUAAUGCUGUUCAAAACGGAAAUUUUACAAUUGACCGCAGAUGAACUUAACUAUUCCUUGUGUUUAUUUGUAAAAGAAGUAAGGAAACCCAACGGUGCUGAAUAUGCCCCCGACACCAUUUAUUACUUAUGUUUAGGCAUUCAGCAGUAUCUCUUUGAGAAUGGCCGAAUUGAUAAUAUUUUCUGUGAUUCAUAUUAUGAAAAAUUUACGGAUUGUUUAGAUGAAGUGGCUAAAAAAUUUUCAGUUCUUUAUAAUGACUCUCAUUAUAUCGUCACCCGAGUGGAAGAAGAACACUUAUGGGAAAGUAAACAAUUGGGAGCUCAUUCUCCCCAUGUUUUACUAAGCACGCUAAUGUUCUUUAACACAAAACAUUUUAAUCUAACAAGUGUCGAUGAACAUAUGCAGUUAUCAUUCUCUCACAUAAUGAAGCACUGGAAAAGGAAUCCUAAUCAACCAUCCUCUAAAAUACCAGGAUCGAGGAAUGUGUUAUUACGUUUUUACCCACCUCAAAGUGCUAUACAAAAUAAUGCCAGAAAAAAGAAAGUUUAUGAGCAAGAACAGAAUGAAGAAAAUCCAUUGAGAUGUCCUGUUAAAUUAUAUGAGUUCUACUUAUCAAAAUGCCCCGAAAGUGUCAAAACUCGAAAUGAUGUUUUCUACUUACAACCAGAAAGAUCUUGUGUACCAGAUAGUCCAGUUUGGUAUUCCACAAUGCCUCUACCUAGAGAAGCCCUGGAAAAGAUGCUUCAUCGAGUGAAAAUGGUUAAAGAGAUAAACGUUGCUUUACUUACUAGUUAAUCUACAUAUGUAUAUAAAAUUGUACAGUUGUAUAUAUUGCGCAUACAACUGGCAAAGCAAGAAUGGAAGUGGCUCAAACCGUUAUACAAACAGUAUAUCAAAAAAGUGCUAAUUGUUCAUGCACCACAUCAUCCUGUAAAUUAACUAAGUAUGCAUCUUAUAUAUAUUUUUUGUGUAACACAAAUAAGUUGUCAUGGCACGACUUAUUUGUGAUAUUUUAUCUAAAAAUUACUAGAUUGUUAUGAAAAAUAGAAACUAUAUCUGUCAGAAUUGUGAUAUCAACUUUUAUAGGAUUUAAAUUCUUCAAGAAUAUUAGCAAUUUAUUUUUAUUCAAUCAGCAGUUUGAAAAUUAUAAUUCAAAUUUACAUGGUGUGAAAUAAAUGUAGGAACAAAUAACCAGGGAGUAGAUAGUAGGCUAUGAAUAGUUAUAUUUCUUGAAAACAGUUGCUAGUAACAUGGAAUUAUGAUUUGUAACAAAAUACGUCAAAUAUUUUCUUUUAAAGAAAAAAAUGUAAUUUAAACCUUGAAUAUCAUAUAAAAAAGUGUAGGUUAAUAUUUAUAUUUAAAAAAAGAUUGUAAUCAGGUUUGGUUAGACCAUAAUUUAAUAUGUACAUUGAAAACCCAUCAAAUUCUGAGAAUGCAAAAAUCUGUUUUUCAUAAUGAUAGGCAAAUUAUCAAGUCGAAAAGGCAUUCAAAAUUUUAACCAAAACGAUUUGGUUCUCUCCUUAUAAUUAAUAAAAAAUAAUAAAAUUUGUACUUUUA